GGAAGGCAAGAUCAGGGGUUGGGUUGGGAGGAUGACUCCUUCCUCGAGACCACCACACCCCCAAAAUCCCUUGUAAAACAAACCGCCUCCGGGACGGAAGUCCCAAUCCUUUGGGUACGCACCUUUAUUUAACUCCCAAAAUCUCAUUGUCCAAGCUAAACCAAACACGGCGCUCGUUAAAAGCCGGCUACUACUAUCUCCGAUCUCCGGCCACCGUCGCCUCCGAGCACCUCUCUCCCUCCUCUCCGGCGCUUCGCUCUCGCCCUCCUUUUCCCUCUCUCUCUCAAGCUCUGAGCUCUUGGACCUCCUCCAAUGGCGGUCGAGAGACCUCCCUCGUAGCUCCGAGAGGUGGAGCUCUCUGGUUUCCUCUCAAAGUGGGAUCUUUGGUGCGUCUAGUUCCAACAAACGAGCAAAGAUUGGGGCUUUUUGAUGCUCUGGGCUGGAAAACGAGCGAGUGCUUGGGAUUCGUGGUGUUUCACUCUUUUAUUUCCAAGAGAAUGCCGAUUUCUCGCUGUUAGCUGGUGGGAUGAAGCGAUCUCUCCGGUUUCCAUUUAGCCUUCUGGUGGUGGUCGCCGUCUUCACCGCCCUCAGCUGCCGGGCGGUGCUCCGCCGUGGCAUCGGCGACGGAUCCUUGGCGGCGGGGACGCCGCCCCUCAACGCGACACUCCUGAGGCUGGCGGCUGCGGAGGCCGGGGAGGCGGAGCUGCGGAAGGACGUGGAGGACCUCCUCGACUGGACUUUCCCGUCCGGCGUCGCCGGCGGCCGCGGGGGGCUGCGCCGCGCCGCCUCCGCCUGGCGGCGGGAGAACCACCUGGAGGCGCGGAUGCGAUCCGGCCCGCGGCUUCCGAUCCGUCUCCGGUCACCUAAGGACUACCGGAUCUUCCCGGAGUUCCGACGCACCCUCCGCGAUUGGUUCCGGAACCGCCGCUUACAGCCGGAGGUCAUGGCGGAGCUCGCCGCCCUCGUCAAGGGCCCCAUCGACCGCCACCUCGGCCGCCCCGACGCCGGCCUCCGCCGCUACGGCUCCUGCGCGGUCGUCGGGAACAGUGGGAUCCUCCUCAAGAGAGAGCACGGCGAGUUUAUCGACAGCCACGACCUCGUUAUCCGCCUCAACAACGCCCGCACCAACGGCUACCAGCGGAACGUUGGAUCAAAAACCGGCCUUUCCUUCGUGAACAGCAACAUUCUCCACCUCUGCGCCCGGAGGAAAGGCUGUCUCUGCCACCCCUACGGCGAGGACGUCCCCAUGGUCAUGUACAUUUGCCAAGCGGUCCACUUUCUCGACUACGCCGUCUGCAAUUCCUCCCACAAGGCUCCCCUCCUCAUCACCGAUGCCCGGUUCGACGUGCUCUGUGCCAGGAUAGUGAAAUACUAUUCUCUGAAGCGGUUCGUCGAGGAGACUGGCGAGCUGCCGGAGAAGUGGAGUAAGGCCCAUGAUGACAAGAUGUUCCAUUACUCGUCAGGAAUGCAGGCGAUUAUGCUCGCCUUGGGAAUUUGUGAUCAAGUCAGUGUUUUUGGAUUCGGGAAGUCUGCGGAGGCAAAACACCAUUACCACACCAACCAGAAGGCCGAGCUGGAUUUGCAUGAUUAUGAGGCAGAGUAUGCCUUCUACCAUGACCUGGCCGAGAGGCCACAGAGUUCAGGUGGGUGUGUGGCAAACUACUUGACUUUUCUGGCUUUCUACCUAGGCAAAAUGAAUAGGAAAGAGACAAUUAUCUUCCAUAUGAGAUUGAGUUUUUUGGUUACUACAAUGACCUAAAUUGGUAGUAAGUGGGCAUUGAAAUGCACCCAUUGCAAGCGAUCAUUGCAUAUCUAGAUUACUUCUUCAAUAUGCUACAUUGCUUGUGACCUAAUUACAUCAGUUAGUUUUGUAAAAAAAAUUGAAGAUGAAUCACAAGAAAUUCUUUGAUACUAGGUGAGAUAUGUUAAUAGCAACUGCUUUAUCUACUUGUCGUAUGUAUUCAGACUGCCUUUCAUCUGGCUCUUUGUGCAUCAUCCCCACCCUCCCUUAAUACCAGCAUGCAAUGCAGUGGGGCAGUGACUGCAUACAAUUACCUCAGCAGUCUCUUUUCUUAAAUGUACCAUUGAUGCUUUACAACAGUUAAGUAUCUUAUUCUUCUGGUCUUUAACUGGCUGACUUUCCAUAGGUAGCAUAAUAGUGACUGACCAUAUCUCAUUUUUUUUUCUUAUUACCAUACAACAUAGUUUAAAUGUUUACAUUAUUUAAUAGAAGCACAUUUAUUACUUGUCUGUGAUUAGUUGCAUCCUGUAAAUGAGCAGAAAUAUGCCCCUUUUUUUCCUUAUUUGAUAGGUCAUCAGAAUCUGAAGCAAGCAAUUAACUUUACUCCAAAGACAUGUUUUGAUGUGGUAGCAGAUUUUGCACAUCCAGUUAUAGCUUUUCAUUACAUCUGUACAUUUAAAAUAGUUUUAUGGACUAUACUAAGUUAAUUAUGUGCAUACUAUAUGUGCUUGCUUCAAUCAAUGAAAUUUUAUUUGAGGAGAGAAGUCAAAUUAUUUACUUCAAUGCCUCAUUAAUAAGUUCACUUUUUAAUCUAGCAGUCUUGGUCGACAUGUAUUUCGCAGCAUUUUGGAACAUCACAUGGUUAUUCUUAUUUAUCUGCAUCAUCUACUCAAGGAGGCAUGUCUAUUUGUUUUUUAUUUUAUUUAUUUUAAUUUAAAAUUAUUUUUUUAGUGUGCUGUUGCAAGCAUACCUUCCUUCUAAUGGAUAUAAGUUGCACAUAUAACUUUCAGCCUUAAAAUUUUCAUCAUACAUAUUAUAUGACAUCCUGUGUGAUCAGGAGCAGAGUUUGCUUUUAACUUCUAUGGUGCUGGAAAAAAGAAUGUACUGUCUUGUUCUGUUGCCGUAAUAAAAGUCAUUUAAACAGCAAUGCUGGAAAGCACAUUGAAGUUUGUGUAAGAUAUUGGAAAAACCAGGGGGGGACCAGGAUUUUUGAAGAACACAUAUACAUAUACAUAUACACAUACAUAUAUAUUGAAUUCAGAAAGUUCAUAUAAAAGUCUCAAUCCAUAUAAAAAUGUAGAAAAGUUUAUUAGAAUAGCUCUUAUUUCUUUGUUACAGUUGAAAUUAUUUACAGUUAAUUAUGUACUAAACAUCCAAGUUAUUUUUUUUGCUCAACAUGUACAAAAAAUAAUCUCUAUAUUCAAUAAUCAAACAUGAUUAUCAGCAUACCAUAUCCAUCCAUUCAUCCAUGUAUUGAUCUAUCUAUCCAUCAAUCUAUUGAUCUAUCCGUCCAUCAAUCUAUCUAUCUAUCUAU